AUGUCAAGUAUCUGGGGUUCGAUUGCCAAAGGUAUUGACUAUGUCAAUGACUUGAAUAAAGGUUUCUUCCAACUUUCUUUCGAAGAACAACAGGAAUUGGGAAUAUGGGGUAGAAUCAAGUACUACAACUGGAACUUUGAGUUUGCCAUGCUUGGUAUUAUGGUUAUUUUGUUCUUGAUCAGCUAUUAUGGUAAGACCUUGAACAAUAAAUAUGCCGACAAGAUCUUUGUCACUUUGAACAAGUUUCUAUUAACAGAGCUUUCCUUUGCGAAGGUUGGAUUCAGCGCUUCUGGAAAGAAGUUACCAUAUGUUGAAGAACAAAACAACACAUGGUUUACGACUUUUGCCACUGGUCGUUCCACUAUUGAAAGUGUGAUCAUUAAGGCUCAUUUAAAACCUCGUCACAACCCAUUAGCCUUGAUGACCCAAGUUGCCUUGGCAAACACAUUCCCAAGUUUGGUUGAAUCUGAUGUUAAUGAAUUCAUUUCAGUGACUAUUACUCCUAAUGGGCAAUUUGUCGCUACUGAAGACGCGAAGGUUUCUCCAAAUGCUGCUGAGACACUAUCCAAAUUCAAGUUUAUCACUUCUAUUGUCAACAAGAGUGUCAUGACCAAGGCCCGUGACUCUAACUACUUUUUGUCUUUGACCCACACAUCUGAGAGUGAUGCCAUUCCGCUGGAAUAUGUUUUCAUGUCUGAAUCUAACAAGUUGAAUGGAUUCAUUCCACAUUACACUGAUAGCGAAUUUGGUGAAUUGCUAACUAAAUGUUCCAAGUUCUUGCAAUUCAUCGCUUUCACAGAUUUGCCUGAAGAAAAGCCAAUCACAGACAAAUUGUGGGAUGCUAAUCAAUCUCCUCGCUGUAUUAUCAAAACUGCUUUGAUCACUUCUGACAAAGAUAUUGAAUUGUUGAAAGAACUAAUUUCCAAGGUUGUUGAAAUUUUCGACACCGUUACUAAGGAAAUUCAAACCAAGUCUACUAACACCUUUGUCACCGCUGAUAUCUUAAAGAAGAGCAUUCAAUUGCGUAAAGAAGAGUUGGCCAAGAUCAUCAAGGUUAUGAAACAAGUAGAAAGAGAGAUGAUUCAAGAAAAGAAGCUAGAAGAAGAAAAGCAGAAGAGGAAAAACUUGAGAAACCAACACUCUGAGAAGGAGUUAGACAAAAUAGAACAAAAGAAGAGGGAGAAGAGAGAAAGACGUAUGAAGAACAAGCAAAAGGUGAAGAUGUAA